AUGGGGGAGGCUGGAGGGGGGGGUUCGGGUGUCUCUUGGAUUACGAAUCCAUUGAGUUGGUUCUCGCAAAGCAGCGGGGUAAUAUCUGGUGCUGUAGGUCAGCAGCAGCAGCAGCAGCAAGAGCAGCCACUGCAGCAGCAGCAGCAGCAGCAGCUAUUAGAAGCAAUUGGAUCUUCAGGUGGAUAUGCUUUGUCUCUUCUACGUUCACUGGGAGACCCUUCUUUUGUAUCAGCAUCAACAGCACCGUUAUCAUCCUCAGCAGCAGCAGCAGCAGCAGCAGCAGCAGCAGCAGCAGGAGCACAGCGGAGACGCAGCAGAGUAAAGAUAGGAACACGAGUUGAUGGUGGUGCUUUUCAUUCAGAUAGAUGUGCAGACCUUAAAAAUAUUCACAAGUUUGUUUUGCAAUUAAACAAAAGAGCAGCAAUAAAGCAGCAAGGAAUUAACUUAACUGAUGAAAACUCAGGUGUAUGUACACCUGAAGAUGACCCUAUACAAUGUGGCGGCAUCAUUGCAUUCAAUAGAAUACCAAUUCAUUUAAAAAAUAAUAAUGAAAAGCUCACAGUUGUCGAGUCGCCGGUCUCAGGUCGUGAUUUAUCAGAGGAGGAGUGGCCGGCUGUCCGUUGGAGUGUAGAGGGUUUUCUCUCUGCUGCUGCAGCAGACUGGGGUCGCCUUAACAAUAUGCUGUUAGAUUGCGAGAGCACCAAGCAUUCAACAAGAAAGGAGAUACAACUUCAAAAGGCUGACUUACGGGAGCGCGUAUUAUUGUAUUGCCAUUACUUUGUUUAUUUAUCUUUUAGUAGUUUAUCUUUAUCUGGGGUGUCUGUACAGUCGGAGGUCUUCUAUCACCGUCUACUGGGGGUUAUAUUUCGCUCACUUAUUUCUUUUUCUGAUGGCCUCGCUGCUAUUCAAUGCGAAGCUCUCGCAAAACAUCAUCUCUUACAGGCAUUCAAUAUUGCUAAAGAGGGUCUACCAGCAUACACUGCGCUGUUUAUGGAGGCUGGGGCGAGCUUGGCUUUGUUUAUGCAUGAUGAAUUACAAGAAAAAGAAGAAGGACUUGCAGUGCUGCGCGAAACAUUCAACAGAGCUGUGGGGUGUCUAGACACUGCAGCAGCAGCAGGAGCAGAAGAGGCAGAAGGAGCAGAAACUGCAGCAGAAGGAGGAGGGGAAGCAGCAAAAGCAGCAGCAGCAGCAGCAAAAGCAGCAAAAGCAGCUAAAGCAGCAGCAGCAAGGGGAGAUGACAAAAGCUUUGCUGCUGCUACUAAAACUCUUAAAACUAUUAUUAAACUCCUCAGCUGGUGGUCUGCUAGUCCAAGGCAUGUUCUUUUCUCCCCCUUGGCUGCGUAA